AAGUCCUAGGGCGAGUUCGGGAUGGAGGAGGGCCUUUUGUACACCUGGGCCCGGUCUCUGGUCCAGACGUCCCUACAGACACCUGCGUGGGGUAGGGCGGGGAGUGUGGGAGAGCUCAGAGCCCGCCCCCCUGCUGUGCGCGGCGGCGGGGGGGGGGGGAUGGAGCGGCGGGCGCCGUCGGGGCGCACCGAGAGGUCGGGACUCUGAGCCGGCGGGACGCGAUGAGGAAGCAGAGCGCGCGCACCGCCGCGCUCAUCCUGUGCAUCCUGUCCUACCUGCUGGUGGGCGCCGCCGUCUUCGAUGCCCUGGAGUCCGAGGCGGAGCGCAGCCGGCAGAGGCUGCUGGCUCGGAAGCGGGGCGAGUUCCGCAGAAAGUACCGCUUCUCCGCCGACGACUACCGCGAGCUGGAGCGGCUGGCGCUGCAGGCCGAGCCACACCGCGCCGGCCACCAGUGGCGCUUCGCGGGCUCCUUCUACUUCGCCAUCACGGUCAUCACCACCAUCGGGUAUGGCCAUGCUGCACCAGGGACGGAAUCGGGCAAGGUGUUCUGCAUGUUCUAUGCCCUCCUGGGCAUUCCCCUGACGCUAGUCACCUUCCAGAGCCUGGGUGAGCGUCUGAACGCUCUGGUGCGGUGCCUGCUGCUGGCGGCCAAGCGCUGCCUGGGCCUGCGGCGGCCGCACGUUUCCGCAGAGAACAUGGUAGUGGCCGGGCUGCUGCUGUGCGCCGCCACCCUGGCCCUAGGCGCCGCCACCUUCGCCCACUUCGAGGGCUGGACCUUCUUCCACGCGUACUACUACUGCUUCAUCACCCUCACCACCAUCGGCUUCGGCGACUUCGUGGCGCUGCAGAGAGACGAGGCGCUGCAGAGGAAGCCGCCCUAUGUGGUCUUCAGCUUCCUCUACAUCCUGCUGGGGCUCACGGUCAUCGGUGCUUUCCUCAACCUGGUGGUCCUGCGCUUCCUCGCCAGCGCCGACCCCCCUGAGCGCUCAGUCCCCCGCGCCAGCGCGUUCCGCAGGGGGGCGCCCGAGAGCCGCGUCCGCUUCAGGGCCUCCACCAGCAUCUCUCACCGCUCCCAUCAGCUGGAGGCCUGGGCCUGUGACAACCCUGCCUUCUCGCCUCCCCUGAGUCCAGAAGCCGUGCACCACUGCCGCAGCAGCUCAGACAGACCCCGAGCCCGGAGAAGGUCCAUCUGACAGUACCUACCCGGGCCAAGCCUGGCCAAUGUCUAGCCCCAUCUUUUAGCAAACCCACCCUUCCUCCGGCUUGGAGAAGACCGCGGCUCCCGUUCCCAUCUGUGGAUCAUCCCUUCUAGAAAUACACGAAUGCUGCACUAACAGCACAAGCAGACUCUACAGUCACCUGGAGGUGGAGGUGUAAACUGUUUAGUCUAAAAUUGUAGGAAGAUGUGGCCAUCAGCCCAUAGGAGGGAUGGCGCCCCUAUCUGGCCCUUCAAAAGAUGACAAGGGGCUAACUAGCGUCUGCUCUGAAGAGGACAUUGACACCUUGCAGGAGAAAGGCAUAACUUUAAACACCAGAAUUCCUCUACAGUGAGCCUGGAUGCUAGAAGCACAGAGAGAGAGACAGACUGAAGGGAACUUGUGACUCACAGUGGACAGUUUCUGCACUAUAUAGAUGACAACAUUCUCUUUGCCCUCCCUGAGGAGUGGAAUUAGCCCAUGUGUAAAUGGUUGUCCCCACUGUCAAGUAGAUGCCUUGUCCCUCCCUGGCCAGCCCCCUUUGGAUGAAGGGGAUGGCCCUCCCCAUGUCAUCACCUAUAGGCAGCUCAGAGCUGUGGGAUAAAUUUCACUCUGGGUCCCACCAAUCACCAGCAACGUGUCAUUGGGAUCCUCAUCACUCUCCUGAGCCUUAGCUUCUCCACCGGUAAGACAGGGUUUAUUUGAAGACCCCGCUUCACAUGGGGACCUGUGGCAGAGCUUCCUGAUGCUUCUGUCCACAGAGGAUAUUAGUAAGCCCAUAGGAGGCACCUUGGCAUCCUAGAGCACUCGCCCCU